AUGUCCGAGGUGAGCAGCCAGCUGCCCGCAGAUCCCAUCACUGCAGUUGGAGUAGUCACUUCACUCAGCAAGGCCCCUGACGACUACUAUGUUGUUGCACAAACAACAGAUGGCUCUGACGCCGACCUGUGGAAGGACGGUUUAUUCAAAUCCAAGGUCACUCGCUACCUCUGUUUCACCAGAAAAACUGGGCCCGACGUUGUUGUGGACAUGAAGGUGAUUGACAUUAAGGACGCGUUGCCAGAGGGCUUCACACCUGUGGAGGAAACAAUGGACACAAAGGAAACUGCCAUGAGGAAGAGGAGGCUCUGUGUGAAAAUCAGCCCUCGCGCUGCUGCCAAGACGGCUGUAUAUGACAUCCAGAUCAUUGCAAAGUCCAAGUACCAGCUUGUUAACUACACGUGUGUCGGUGACAUGAACAGUAUGAAGGUGUGGUAUCGAAUCGGAGAUGUUCCUCAGCCUCUGUCGUCCCAGGAAACGUCCGCUGCGGCUAACAGCGACGCAGCUCCGCCCGACACAGCGAGCAGGAAGACCAUGAGCAGGCCGGACUUGGAGAACCAGAACAGUGGACACUACACCAUGACAGCUCUGGAUGAUGUGCCCUUUGCGAUCUCUGAGAAGUUUUUUGAAAAACCCAAAGAGAUGCAGCAAGUCAAUUUAAUGGGCAUUACGAUCAAAUCCCUGGCAGAGAUCGAGGAGGAAUUUUACUACAGCUUCAGCGCAGAGCGAAGCAUUGCUGUGUAA